AGGCGUUCUUUCUGGACAGUACUACUGUGAACUAUCUAGAGGUGGAAGUGUGUCCACAUGGACAACACUUGGUGUUACUGCUCUCUGGAAGAGGUCACGCAUUCAUGCAACAACUGCCUCUGUCGUUCACGGCAACCAUCACAGGAAACAGGUGGGAGGGUGAGGCUCUUCUUCCCUGGUGCUACUUCCCCCCUAACGUGAACAAGAUGAACUCGUACGCCAUCCACGGGUCCGGGGCGGGGCGUACCUACGAGUCCCUCUACCCCGUCCCCCAGGCUGACCUAGUGGAGGGACAGAAGCCCAACUUCCACCUCUUGGAAUAUUUCCAAGACUUUCGCCUGCAAAGCAUCAUGGGAGGGGACUGGGUCCAGCCCGAGUCGAAUCUCUGGAAGGGAAAGUGAUGAGUCGGGAGAACACACACACUGGAACAAACACGCGUGAUGACAGCAGGUGCGACCAAAGUCACGGAGGAGGAACGAUCGAUCUUGAUUAGUUAAUGAUGUCAGACUGGAUGAAAUAUGUUACCAGUUUGUCAGAUGGUAUUAACACCUCACCUCAAACUGCCUUUUACCCAACUGCCAGAGGCCUGGUUCAAAACACACAUGAAGGAGUUUCUAGUUUGUAUUUUUCUAUGAAUGAAAGGGAGAAUCAAAGUGUAUUAUAUCUGUGCUUUCUGUUUUAUAGAUUUAUUUCUUUUCUCUGAAAUGAAAGACCAUUGAAUUUGAUCAUUUUCAAUGGUACCUCCAAUUCAUUGUGGGAGUAUCAUUGUUAUUCAAUUAGAUGAAGGCUCAUCAUGACGAGUUUACACUUUUGAUUCAUGGUUUCGUGCAAUGCAUUGAUCAUCACACACCAAUAUGUCUGUAAUUCAUGAUUGUGACCAAUUCUACUGUGCAGAAGCUGGAGUAAGGCUGUUUUGCUUCAAUUAUUCCCGAGCAAAUGAAAAUGGAUUGUCUGGCAUCCCAAAUGGCAUCCUAUUCCCUGUUUUAGUGCACUACUUUUCAGAAGUAGUUAACUACAUAGGGAAUAGGGUGCCAUUUGGGAUGCCAGACAUUGAGAUAAUUAGUAGUCAUUAGAUAACGGCCAUAUGUGCCCUUUUUUGUAAUGAUGUUAAAUGAGCUCUUGGGUCGUCAUUACUUCUGGGAUCCAUACAGGACUGUUGUCUUAUGGAAUGGUAAUGUACGUAGAUGGGCUGCAGCCUAUCAAAUAAAUACACGGAGUAAACGGUG